AAAAAGAAAAAGGAAAAGAAGAAAACGGAAUGAAAGGAAGAAGAAGAAGAAGAAGAGGCUAAAAAGGAACUCGAAAAUCGACUUCGGUCCGGCGGAAAAAUUGAUUCAGCGUAGUCUGGAGGGCCGCGGCGAGUACGCAAGAAGAAGAGGAGCCGGGGGCGCGUGUGCGCAGUUCCCUCGACCAACAUGUCCGCCCGGCUACUCUAGGUAGUCGUGGUUAUGCGGCGCGGUGCGUUGCACACCGUCGUCAGGCGAAUCCUCGGUUUACCGUGACUGCGUACGUCCGCGAGACACACGCGUGUCCUCCCAUCGGCGACCAAAGGCUAAACCCGGGCCAGGCGGUUGAGUGGUUCGCCUCGUGGUGGGUCGGCUAGCAUCAUCUAGCUUUUGGUACACGGCUCGCAAUUGAGGAAACGACGGUGGCCACGAGGCGGUCCGCGGUGCUCCGGGGUAGAGUGCGGAGCCGCGACAACGUACGGGGGACAGUUGGAGUAGCUGGCUGCUGCUCUGCUCGAGUGGAGAAUCGCGGGAGAGCCGGGCGAGAGACAGGGAGAGACAGGGAGAGCCAGAGGCUUACUGGAGGAGUGUGAAACACGAGAGCGGGAAAGAGAGAGGGAGAAGCUUGAGGCAGGCGCGCGUAUUGAUUCCCGCGUGGCGUUUAUAACGGUGAAGUGAGAAAGCUGCAAACCGGAAGACUCGUGCCCGCUUCCUUCUUGCCCGCUGAAAAAGUCAAAGGGGAGAGACGGACCGUGCCAGCCACGUUCCAGCUUUCCUGGCUUUCGAGCUAGCUCCGUGCCACCGUCCGCAUCGGCCGCUGCAAAGGAGAGCGCGAGUGGAUAAUCGGUGGACCAGAAUGAGAGAAGUGACUCAGGUCUACUCGAGCAGGGACCCGACGGCCCUUCGCACGAGAAAUGAUUUUUAGAAGGAAGAGGGCAUGACGCACCGAACUCAUGCAGUGGCGAAAACACGUGCGCAUCAAGUACGGUGGUCGAGUCGGUGUCGGUCAAGGGCAGCGGGAGCGGGAGCAGGUGCAGCUGCAGGUGCGCGUGGUGCAGCUGCAGCGGGAAGGGGGCGCACGACUCAGCUACGUCUGUCAUCAGCCUCAACUCUCGUCGACGGCUCGCCGCAGCUGCAGCGCAGCAGCCAUGCUCUGCUGCGGCCGCAGAAAAGAGGGCCGGGGGGAAGUGACAGACAUCAGUGCAAGUCCUGGAAGGCAAGCACCUGCCAACCAGUUGCGCCCCAAGGAACCACCCCCCAUGGUCAUUCAGGGAGACUUCAGAAAGGUGAGUGGAAUCAGCACAGAGAUCUUCAAACAGAUCGAGACCGUCGAGAACGAUCAUGACGCCUCGACAGCAGCGGCCCUCGAAGCUGUCGAGCGAAGGGGUGAGAUGGUCGUUCGGGUCAUCGAGCCACGACAGAUGGGCAGGCAGGCGUCCGAGGCGGCGAAGAAGUUCAUUGCGAUGCAGGAUCCGAAGCACCCGAUCCACUUUGUCGAGAUAAUCAAAAGGCCAGGCCAGACGUUGGGGCUGUACAUACGGGAAGGCAACGGCGUCGACAGAAACGACGGUGUCUUUAUCUCGAGGAUAGCCUUGGAGACCGCUGUCUACAAUAGCGGUUGCCUGAAGGUCGGGGAUGAGAUUCUAGCGGUGAAUCUGGUCGACGUGACGCACAUGAGCCUGGAUGACGUCGUGAUCAUCAUGUCGAUACCCAGGAGGCUCGUUUUGGCGACGAGGCACGGCCAACACCAGCCGAUCUCGCACAGUCGCCAGACCGAGCACAAGGCGCCUCCUGUUGUGGUGAUCAAGAGGGAAUUGAAUGAGGAUGAGAGCGACCAUGCAACUAGUAACCACGUCAGAGAUGGCAAUCGUAGACGUGGCGACGGUCGUGAAAUGCUGCCCUCUCGGUCGAGGUUAGGACUGUCGGGUCUAGGCUCGAGUCAGGAUUUAGGAUCGAGCAACGGUGAUUUGUACUACAACUCCAGACCUGAGGGACACUGGUCGUAUCAGCCACCCCCGCCACCUGUCAUCACGCAUCAACCGAAACCUUCCGCCACGCAACACUUCCAGCCGUACGAACGUGGAUACCCAAAGACUUUGGAGAGCUUGGCUGAAAAAGAUUUCACAAAGGUACACUCGUUCUACACGGGGCCAGUAAUGCCCUCGAAUGGCGGUCGCCGGAUGUCCACGGGCGCAGGGAUGCAAUCAGUCGGCAGCAGAUUGUCCAGUCAGACACAGUCGUCGCACUAUGGUUACGGUCAACACGCCGGAAGCGGAAGAAUCAUGCCCAGAAGCGGUUCGGAUCAGCAUUUACCUCGCGUUGACUAUACCAGCAUCACCACACCAGCUCGACACACUCUUCUUAGAUCCAGCUUGAAGUCAGGAACAUCCGCGUUGAGGUACAACACCAGAUACGGUGGUCAAGGUGACAGCACUACGGCUACUCAGAGGCAAGGCCAGUUUGGCACGUUGACCAGGAGGCAUCGGCCGUCGUUGGACUACGCUUCAGACACGGAGGCAACCUGUUCGAGUUCACCCAAGUCGGCGUACUAUUACUACAGGCAUAACAUGAACAACCCGCCUCAGAGCAGCGCUGUCUCGCACCUUGCCACCCUGUCGAGGUCGCAGAUUGGUCAGAGUUCCUCAGGCUUGAGAUCGAAUUCGUUGCCUCGUAGUGGCAGAACGUUGCCCCAGCAACCAGGUCUCAGGUCUGGACUUAGCACGGUAGCAUCUGGGCUUAUAGAUCAGGAAGAUAGUGACGGGGCACUGUCAGCGCCCGAGCUACCUUCCAUCAGACGCGAUAGAGGAAGGAUACCAUCGUCACCCAGUGUGUUCACGUCGGACGAGUACCGAGCGUGGCUGAGUCGAACGCCCAGCACCAGCGCGUUGUACGAGCAGAUCAGAGCCAGCACGACCAGACCGCCGCGUUACACUUACAGCGCAGAGAACAUUCACGCAGCUGUGAAUCAAGGCGAAUACGGAACCUACGGUGCGUACAGGCCACUGUCCAGCACAUUGGAUCGUUUGUCGACGAGGUCAGCAUCUGCGCAGCAAGUGAAUCUUGCCAACCUGAGAGCAUCGACGGCCAUCAGCUCGACGUGCCAUCGUGGAACAGCAAACCCAAGACCGGCCUCGGUUGCGUCCAGCGCUCGUACGUCCUUGACCAGCCAGAAACCAUCGUUGAGCAGCUCCGCCACCCAGAGGGCGACGUCGGUCAGAAGGAUCAGGAAUCUGCUGGACCUAGAGUCCACGCGAAGCAUACCCACCCCCACGCCUACCCGAACUCAGGAUCAAAGACUGCUAGACAUUAAUCCUGCAGAGUUCCUUAAGUAUAAGAUAGAAAAACCUCCGACUGUGGGAACUCCGAGCUCGACCAGCUCUCUCUUGAGCUCGCUCGGGGAAACCAGCAGUGGUGACCUGGCGGGUGGGGUCAGCGGGCUACUUUGGGUCCAUCUUCUGGCAGGUCGCGGUCUUCGUUCAACGACGUCCUCCUCGGCGGCCACUACACCCUCCACGCCAUCAGGUCAGCCUAAUUUAGCUAGCUGCGGCUUGAGAGACCUUUACUGCGUGCUGGAGUGCGACAGGGUGCACAAGGCAAGGACGGUGAUGCGAACCGGCGAUCUGAUGUUCGACUGGGACGAGACCUUCGAGCUGGAUCUCGUUGGCAACCGGCAGUUAGACUUGCUGGUCUACUCCUGGGAUCCACAGUACAGGCACAAACUCUGUUACAAAGGGUCCGUGCACCUGGCGACGCUUUUGAAGGAGUCACCGGUUCAUCAGCUAGCUGUCAAGGUAGAGCCACGUGGCACCAUCUACCUGAGAUUAAGAUACACCGAUGCACAGCAGACAUUCCGAAGGAGAGGACUUCCAGUCAUAUCCUUGGCUACCAGAGUGGCGCCGCUCUUCGGAGUUGAUCUCGACACAGUGGUGAGCCGAGAGAGCAAGACUGGUGGAGUUCCUGGUGGUGUUUCUACCGCCCUAGCCAUGGGCGUUCCAAAUGUGCCCAUAAUCGUGUGGCGUUGCGUCGAGGAGGUUGAGAGAAGAGGUCUCGACAUUAUUGGUCUGUACAGGCUCUGUGGAUCGGCUACGAAAAAGAGGAUACUUAGGGAGGCUUUUGAGAGGAACGCUCGUUCAGUGAAUCUGUCGCCUGACAACGUACCAGAUAUUAACGUGAUUACUGGUGUACUGAAAGAUUACCUGCGAGAACUUCCAGAACCACUCUUCACGAAGUGCCUCUACCAAAUGAUGGUCGACGCACUGGCCGUUUGUCUGCCGGAUGAUCCACAAGGCAACGCGAAACUCAUGUUCAGUAUACUCGACUGUUUACCAAAAGUGAACAGGUGUACGUUGAUCUACUUGCUGGACCAUCUGGCGAUGGUGGUUUCACAGUGUAACAAGAUGUCGCCAGCAAGUCUGGCAGUAUGUUUCGGGCCAGUUUUAAUGCUACACUCGGAAGAGAACGGCCCGCCUCUGGAUUUCCAACAGCCGAUAGCAGUUCUCAAGUAUCUUCUUGAGAUUUGGCCUGUUAAGUCAGUUCGGAAGAUUUCUUCAGUCGCUUCAACGCUUCCUCGAGUUACGCCAGCAGUCGAGCACAACAACAGUCAUCAACCGCUGCAACAGCAGCAGCAUCAGCAUCAGCAUCAGCAGCAGCAGCAGCAGCAGCAGCAGCCGCCGCCGCAGCAGCAAGUUCAGCAACAGGUGCAGCAACAGGUGCAACAGCAACUGCAGGGAACAUUGGGACGCACAGGGCUGCCUUGGCAGCCUCCACACUCACUUCAUCAACAGCCCCCAACUACGGCGCCACCCGCAGCCCUCGCGGCCUCCAUUCGUCCUCCACCACCGGUCAAGCCUCGACAGGUGAUAGUCUCGUCUCCCGGUUCACCUAGCAGCGAGGAGUCGGAAGCCUCGCCGGAACCGAUUAACAAGAGCCUGCUGGGCAGCCUGGGACUCGAAAAGAGCAACGAGGGGGCCACAGCGAACUCCACUGGUCCUGGAACGGAACAGAUCACGCCGACCAGCAGCGUCGACACCGAGGAGGGGAACACAACGCAUCCGGAGGAGGGUGAGAAAGGUGUGGAGGGUGACGCGGAGGCCAGCGACGACGAUCGACACCAGCACGUACCCAAGACGCAUUAGAGUUUCGUUGAUGUUAAUCGAGGGAUGCACGCCCAUCAGGAUAGCUCCAACGUUCUCUGUUUCACUGAUAGCUCCAACGAUCUUCGCGUUUUUCUUUCGAAGACGAGAGAAACGGAACGUUUCAAAUAAUUACCAGAAAGUAAUCCUCUAAUUGUGCGCUCUGAUUGCUAGUUGUUAAUUGUUGAAACGAAAGGUUUGCAAGCACAGCCUGCUUGCAGUUUCAAAAAAUUUAGUUCUCCACGCGAGGGAGAGAGGUAAUUCUUUGAUUAGGUAAUUCGCUGCGAAGCGUGGGCGUCUUUUGAGAGACUAGCAGUGAAACUCGUAAGAUCGAGAGGCUUUUGUUGUCCGAGAAUGGUAAAGGAAUCACGUGGUAAUGGUAAACCCAGCGUGUUGAGAAUUUCUCGUUUUGUUUUUUUAAAUCCCGAGGCGAGAGCCGAAGGGAGGAGAAGAAGGUACGUGCUCGACUUCCGAUUCCUUCGAAAAUUCGUUUAUUAUUAACGCGUUGACUGCUUCGAUUUUAGGAAUUCUAAUGGUAAUGCAAUUUUGUUGAAUUUUUCACGCUGCGUGGAGCAGCAGCAGCGAAAGCGCGAGAAGAAAGAAAGACUCGAUGCCUUGAGAAUCGAUGCUGUAGUAUCACCUACUAGUCUAGGAAAAUGAUUUCCCCUUGAACGUUGCAUUAUUGUUGGCUGUGUGUUAGGGAAAAAUGGUUCUCUUCGUUGCGUGACGUUGUGUUUUUGAAAUAUUUAUAAAUGUUUUUUCUCUUUCGCGGGCAGUCAGCGCGGCGAAUCGCACUGGGAGCACACCGCUUGUGUUAGAAGUGUGUAUUACGUUCGAGAGAGAGACUGAAUGCAAUUUGUAGAAAGAACGAGAGAGAGGCUGAAUAUUCGUCGCCAGACGCACAAUGAGAGCGAUCGAUGUUUCCCCAAUAAGACGAAACGACGCGCAUUAACGGGACCACUGCGAUUAUUCGUUUGAUGAAUGUAUCUUCGCCAUGUAAACGAGAUCCGACGCUGAUAAUUGACGAUCUGGACGACAGACUGGUAAGCCUUCUGCAAGUUUCGACGAUUAUGGAAUUAAUUUUUCGUAUUGAAGCGUGAAGAUAACCUGACCCAAGUGAAAAAAGAAGAAGAAGAAGAAGAAGAAGAAGAACAAAUCGAAAGUUAGUAAGCUGAUACUUGGAAGAGUAUCUUCACUCUUUAGCUGCGAGGCACAUUAUGAUUUCACAAUUUCAUCAAAGACUGUUGACAGGUUCCUAGUUUGAAACUCCUUGCACAAAAUUUCACUCGUUAGACGCUUUAAAGUCUCGUCUCGACGAAGGGACACGAGUACCGUCGUAUCGCAACAGGGGAAAAGGUAUUCUCUUCCGCAGCUGAAGAGUCAACGACUUUGUUAGGCUUUCUGAACUUUUUUUCGUUCGAGCACAAACGAGCCACGACGGAGGAGGAUUCCCUCACUGAACCUCACGCUGGGACAUCUUUUCUAUUCAAUUCUUGAGAAAUCACAGCCAGAAAUCAGAGCCUCAAACGAGUCGAGGUCGAGCAAGAACGGACAGUAUCCUGAACUGCACAAAUCUAUCGUGACAACUUGAACCAGGCAUCGAAUCCUCGAGAAACAGCGAAGAGAAUGGCGUGCACGAACGAGAUCGAAGAGAAGAGACACACCGCGCACAUCACCUCCUCAAAUUCAAAGAGACAUUCUGAUCUAGUCGCACUUGGACGAAAGUUGGCGGUGUUUCCCCGAACCGCGGUCUCGUAGACUGAGAUCUCGGCGCGAAUGAGCCCGGAACGAGUUCCGGAUGAGUCUCCACCGACGAGUCUGACUGCAGGAGAAGAAAGGAGAACAAGAACUGAUCACACACUGAUUGAGAAGACGAAUGAGAGAAGAGGGAGAACAGAGAUAAAUAUGCAAACCAAACGUAUAAAUAUAUAUAUAUACACACACGCAGGAAGAAAGAGGGAACGUCGAAUAAAAGACAUAAUAUACACACACAUACACAGAGUAGAGACACAGAGUAAGAGAAGAAUACGAAGAGGAUGAUGGGAGUCACAUAUGACACGACGGUCGAUUUAUAUACAAUAUACUAUAUAUAUAUAUAUACAUAUUAUAUAUACACACAUAGGCUAGUCACGAUAUACAUGUGCUUUUGAUAAAAAAAAAAAAAAAAACUAUUACCUAGAGGU